AACACACGAUCACGUGAACAGGAGCGCUUGAACGUCUGCUCGGUCGGCGCAUGUGUUUGUAUGGGAUUCUGACGCUUUGAAUUCCUGCUCUAGAGCUAGACGUAUUCCAGUAACUCAGACAGCCGUCCAAGGCCUCGUAAAUGCGCGAUUGUUUCCGCAAGCACAGCUAGUUGAACUGUGGCAAGAUAUAACAGCAUCGUUCCUGCAUUCUCGGUCAUCGCUGCAGCGAAUCAUGGAAUCCCCCGACGACUUUCCAAAUGUGUCGAUCAUAAUACAACGAAGACGGUUUCAAGUCCGCCAUCUCAUGCUCUUCAUGAUCUCUUUGGGCAUUUUCUUGGUUUACUCCAUGAGGGUGAAUCUCAGUGUGACUGUCAUUGCCAUGGUCAACACCACAGCCACGCAGGGGAAUCAGAGCAAAGUGUUGACUUCUGAAUGUCCAGUUUCUACUGACAACGGCUCUUCGCCCUCCAAUCAAAGUGACAUUCCUACUGGGGAGUUCUUCUGGGACCAAGAAACACAAAGCUAUGUGCUCAAUGCCUUCUUUUAUGGUUACAUUGUGACACAAAUCCCUGGAGGCUGGCUCUCCGAAGUUGUAGAUCCAGGAUGGAUCUUUGUUGGCGGAAUUGGCAUCACUUCUCUUCUUACGCUUGCUACAGCUGUAGUCGCAAGAGCCAGCUUUGCCGCAUUCCUGGUUCUUCGGGUUCUGGAAGGAAUUGCUGAGGGGGUAACGUACCCGUCCAUGUAUGCCCUACUUGCUCGGUGGUCGCCCAUCGAUGAGCGAAGUAGGAUGGCUGGAAUCAGCAACAUUGGGAGCCUUUUGGGCACUGUGGUCACACUACCACUAGCAGCUGUGCUCUGCAAGCAUGGUUUCGCAGGGGGCUGGCCAUCUGUCUUUUAUCUCACAGGACUCCUGGGUGUGGUAUGGUCCAUAUUUUGGAUUCUUCUAGCUUCUGGCAGUCCUGAAAAACACAAGUUCAUCUCAGUAGAGGAACGGUUCUAUAUAGUUCAUUCUCGGGACGCCAACUUCUCGGAGCGCAAGCCGGUGCCCUGGCUCAGUAUACUGACAUCAAGGGGUGUGUGGCUCUUAGCUCUUGUUAAGUUUUGUGCAAGCUGGAGCUUUUAUACCUUGCUCACAGAGCUUCCAAGCUACUUGUCCAAUGUACUGCACUUCGAUAUUCAAAAGAAUGGUUUCAUGAAUGCCAGCAUAUACCUGGGUCAAGCACUCGUUGGAAUCCUUUGUGGCUACUUGGCUGACAAGCUUCGCAAGAAAGAAGUCCUCGGUGUAACUGCCAUAAGAAAGACUUUCGAGUGUGCAGGCCUUGCUGCAGUAAGCGCUGGACUGGUUGGAGUAACGUUUGCCCGGUGCGAUUGGGUUGCCGCCUACAUGAUGCUUCUGCUCUCCAACACAUGUGCUGGCGUCCUCUAUGGUGGUGACGCUGUCCUGCCCAUUGACCUUGCACCUGAUUUUGCUGGUGCUGUCAUGGGCCUCACAAACUGUGUUUCCAAUACUGCUGGAAUUUUUGCACCGCUUGUUGUUGGCUACCUGACAGAAAACAAUGAGACCAUUGCACGGUGGAAUGCCGUGUUUUACAUUGCUGCUGCGGUGUGCGCCUUUGGAGCCGUGGCAUUCUUGGUAUUCGGCACGGCGGAAGUGCAAUCGUGGGCUCAUCCGCCGGCCACUCCUCUUGGGGGCUCAGCGGCUAUGCUUGUUCCAAGUGAUGAAGUUCUCGACGACGGUCCACUAGAGGGCGCAAAGGCUACAAGUUCUUAUUGGCACUGACAGCAUUUAUUGGUGUGCCCCACAGCGUCAGUUAGCACAGUGGACUGUUUUGCUGGUGCCGACUGACUUUUUCUUUCUCCAUUCCCUGGAGGAGAAAGAGUAGUGUUCCCGCUGAUCUACUGUGAUACUAACGAGCAUGCUUUAUAUGGCUUUUUGAUUGACCAGGCUCCUCCUAAGGAAAGCUUUCAAAGCUUUGCUUCGAAAUGCGCAAGAGCCCAGUUGAUUUUUAGAGCACCAAGUACUAGUAUGCUUACUACGUCUGUUUAGUCUCUUCCUCUGCUGAAGCAUUCUUUGGUUUUUUGAUUGCGUGUGUUCUAUACUUUCCUCGGAGAUUCACUUGAAGACUGUUUGCUUGUCGUGAUGCCCACUGCGGUGAUGCAAGUGCUUUUAUGCCCUGCAUUUAUGCUCAAUGCAUUUUAUUUUUUCUCAUGAAUUGUUAAUGUGCUUAAAGAAUGUAUUUUAGACGAUAAUCAGACUAGUCAUUAAGUCAUAGCACAUGUGACUCAAUGAAACAAUUAUACACAUGGUACAGUGGACUUUCCCUGCCACUGGCAUGGCCUUUUCAGUCCUAUAGUAUUUGUGCCAUUGAAAUGCUUUAUGCUAUUGCAUUUUAAAAUCUUGGCUAGUGUACAUGUUAUUUUUAUUUUCAGGGAGGUUAAACGCGCUGUCUAGUCGUAUAAGGUAAAUUUCAUUGGUUGACCACCAGUCUAUGCUUUGCAUUAGUGAAAAGGCACGAGUUACACCGCUAAACUGGCAUGUAAAAAACAAUGUAUGCCCCGUGCCAGUGGGUGGCAGAUUCAAGUUGCUGUUAUAACAAAUGCGUGCCACGGUAACUUGCACGGCUCACUCACUUUGAAACUGUGGCUCACAUCCAAAAUGCUUAGACUGGUCCCUGGCCAAUUUUGUCAUUGAAAAUUAUUUCAUUGGCUACAGAAAAAAGUGUGCAUGGCAUAAAGACAGACGUGGUUAUGUCUCUGUGCUUUGUAAUGUAGGAAAAAGAGCAGGCCAACGUUAUUGUGCAUUGUAACAGCUCUUAUAUCCCACUGCGUGGAAUCUCAAACCAGGCAUUUCAAGAGGAUCGAGAAGUGAUUUGCUCAUGCUUCAAGUGAGCCGUUGAAGUGUGCAGUCAUGCACUGAAUCAAUAGUAGAGCAUGCAUUCUCUCAUAAGGAACAACAAAAGUUCAUUCUAACUGACCGCUGGAAUUCACCAUUCUUUUUCGCGAUUCCUCUGAUAGAAGUAGCAUUUAGUUUAUGUAACAUAUAAACCUGACGGCACAUGUACAAAUACUGCUAUACGUGGCUUUAUUUUUAUGUGCUGUACAGAGACUGUCCAUGACAGAUGCUUGCUAGCAAGGCAAUGUGUUGAUAUAGUGCUUGUGCAUAUGCUCGAUCAUGAAAGCAAAUUGUACGUACAAUACAUUGGAAACCUUGGCAUGUGCCCAAAGUGACCACAGGAGGCUCUUUAGGUUUGGGGGGGCUCUUCAUUCUCCGUCUCCCUGUGCAAAGUAUUCUUUCUCUCAAGUAGCAUAGGCGAGUCAACAGAAAUGCUGACAUUUUAGCAAAUAUUCUGCUCUAUCAAGCAGAUUUCUGGCUUAUUUUGGUGCCAGUAUUGCGCAUUAAGUGCAUAGCAGACUUUUUAAAGUAAAUUAUGAACGAAGCCUUUUCUAGCAAAUCUUUGGAGCAUUCGCAGAAACAUUUAGUCAAGUCUAGCAGAUUUUUAAUUUUUGAUUUUGCUGGAUCUUUUCCUAGAAAUGAUCUUCGGAGCUUGUUGUUUGACAACGUGGACAUUACAAUGAAAUGUCUGUCGAUUCACUCGGUGCAUUUGAUUUCAUAUAACACAGUGAUUUACUAAAGGUAUUUGAUAAUGGCCCUGUUGUCUGCAAAUGUGACAUUACUGACAUAUACAUAAAUGUUUACAUGCAUUGUAUGUUUGUUUAUAGUAGCUGCCAAAUUCCCUUACCAAUUAUAAUUUAUAAUUGAUACUUCCACUACUAUAAAAUACCUGUUUGUCAAGGUUAACCUUGUUGAAAUCUUUCCUAGCGUCUAUUUAGUAGACUGCAAAGUAUUUAGCGUACCCUAGCUGACUUUCACUGUUGCAUAUUAGAGGAAUAUUGGCUAGAGAAAUACGGUAGACUUCCUUUAAUUUGACUUCGUUUGAUUACAUCCUGACCGAAGGUCCUGGCCCAUGCAUUUCUAUCAUUCACUUUCAUUAUUUCGAUUCAACAAUUGGCCUUCGCUGAAUAAUUCGAACUUGACCAAUCAGCACGCACGCGCCUGACCCCUAUAGUAACCCCAAUAAUGACGCCUUUAUUGGCAAUGCAUGCCUCGGUAGUGCUUAGGGAACAGUGAUCACACAAAUUUCACGUCGAAAACGCUUAUUUUUGACCUGCCCUAGGAGGAUUUUUAAGCAAGAACUGUAGCUCACAAUGUCUGAUUAUGGCAUAACACACGUCUUUUUCUUUCUUUUUGCUAGUAAAUUGGGCCAUUAAUUGCUUGUGCAGUGCAAAUAGACACCAAACAAAAACUGCUUGCGCGGCGUUUGUAUGCUUUACUGCAUAACACAAAUGUAUCGCGGCGAAGACGACUUCAAAAUUGUGUGGCAAAGCUUAUUUUUAAAAUGCUGGUUGCCAUUGUGCAGCAAAUGUUAGACACUCGCCAAUAUUUACUGCCAAAUAAUCUCGCUCACCUUAAAUUUCUACAUUGUUUAGGAGCUUUAAUGGCAUUUUUAUGUUAGUUUUCUGCUUCCGACAGAUAAAAAGUGGGCACGCGUUUGACCCGGGGGUGUGCUAGAAUCGGGCAAAUACUGCCAAAUGAGUCAGCAGUAUGUUUUGGCCUUUUUUCUCCAUCUUAUUUAUUUAAAGUGACCCACUGGAUAAUUCGAUCAAUUUCCUCAGUCCCGUUAGGGUCAAAAUAACGGAAGUCGAUUGUAUAGCAACACUAGUUUACAGAGUAAAGCAGUGUAUGUGAUUUUUUAAACUGUGGAUGCAUGCCUACUGGUCUAUUAGGUACUUCAACAGCCAGUGUGCAUGCUCAUGGUAACUCAUUUUGUUGAAGCGUCGCUUGCUCAAGUGCUUUUCAGUGCCUUUGCUUAUAACAGCCUGCAUGUGUGUCACAUUCACAAGAAUGAAUGCAGGCAUAAUUGUGCUUAUUGAAAUGUAUCGCAGGGAACUGAUGACAGUCUAAACGCACCAGCAGGCCUUUAUACAGCGAUGGCUGUAAAAAGGUACUUUCAGCUUUUGACGUGUAUGUAUGCCCAUCGUUAGGCUGUACCACAAACCUUUGCUCAACCUCCCUAGUUGCUUCAGUAGUCAACUGCUUUAAAGUUGUCUGAAUGUUCCUCAUUCAGCAUGAGGCUCUCCUUUGCGGUGUUCCAGUAUUUUAUUUUCAUGUCAUCCAUGCUAACCUGCUGGAAGCUGCUCUUCCCCGAUGAGGGCAGUGCUUGGCUCAUUGACAAGUCAUCACAUUAUGCUUUCAUUACUUUUCCCACCUUGUUGCCUAACCUGGUUUUAUAUAGUUGUAAGCAUGCAACAUGCCAUGCUUGCUCGGUUUGCUUUGUCUCCUCGUCGGCCUGUUUUAUUGGUGUUGUUUUUUCAGUGCUCUGCUUCUUCGUGAAAUUUAGGUGAUGCUAGCUGAUAGCAAUUUUUUACUACUUUAAUUAAGUUAAACCAGAACAUUACAUUAAGUUCAGUCAAAAUGAGAAAUGUUGAUAAGCAAUGCAUUUAUGCUAAACUAACAGAGGAGAUUUAGAAGAAUAUUCUGUCUGCAUUACAUGACUGUUCUCUGUUCUUGGUCCUUCUAACGGUAAUGAAAAAAGUCAAAUGUUAGGGUUGCGCUUUUCAAUUCAUGAUGUCUUUCUUGCAUCUAUUACCCUUUGCUAUACUUACAUUCUUAUUCAAACCCAGGCGAAUGCACAGGAAGAAUGUGUCAAGGACAGUGUGACAGCUUAUACAGAUUUCUUAUAGCGAAAAGUCUGAAUGCGGAAAAUUCACUGAAGGAGAGCCCGCAGUUUGCUGGCCUGCAUGCAGCCUGUUUGGUGGCCAGCUGGCAAGUUGCGGUUGUUGACAGGCUUACGAAACAUUGCUUGCAACAUUGCUUGCAACAUUGCUGGAGCACGUGGUCAUAAAUAUUUGCAGCGGUGCAAAUAUUUGACAUCCACUAAAGUUAUUGCUACAUUGUGUGCAAGUGCCGCAAGGCAGGGCCUUUUUUAUCACUGAUACAUUUUUCCACGUUGUUGUAACCAAGUUUUACUAACUGCAAUCGAGGACAUACACGUCACCUGCUCAACGAUUGCCGUUGACAGUUGUGAAUGUGUGCAAAAGUGCAUAGGACCUGAGGGCAAGGAUAAAACGUGCUUCCUUUUAGGGGAAGUAAUGUUCAGAAAUUGCGACAUUGUGUAACAAAUUUCGAUGUGUUCCAGCAUUGAAGUCUUUGUUGUUCUUGUGUGAUAUUUUGGAAAGACGCUCGGCUGUGUCGAUGACAUUUACAAUGGCUCCUUAAAGCUUUCUGCUCCUUAAAGAAAAUACAUUGCUGUUAGUGUAAGAUAGCACUGGUCUUUGGCGUACUAGGCAAUGUAUAAGUGUUCACACUAUUUGAGACCAUUGUAAUAGGAAGAUCUGGGCACAUAGCAUUUAUUUCUGCGGAGCCAAUUUUUGUGUAGCUUUUCUGCAAUGCUCUGUAAAAAGAUCUGAAGAGCUGCUUUGCUGUAUAAAAUGCUGAUGAGGUAUACAUUGAUUUGCUUUUAUUUGCGUUUGCUCGUUGUACAGUCUGUAAUUGAUUGUCAGGGCGAAAUAAUUUUUCGUGCCUGUUUGCACAUUCAUGCGUGCACUGUUUUUAUGUGACACUUUCGGAAACUGAUUUGGACUGGGAUGAUGGAUGCAUCUUCGAACACGGGACCUGUACUGUAGGCAGCAGGAGUUUGUGGCCGCGCAAGCAUGGACGUAGUCACGUUGUUGCACCAUGUGAUCCACCGCUGUGGCUCAUUGGCUUUGGUAUUUUGCUACUGAGCACGAGUUCAUAGGUUCGAUUCCCUGCUGUGGUGGUCGCAUUCCGGGGCAGGGGGCAGAGUAUGAAAACGCUCGUGUAUACUUACAUUUAACUGCACUCAUGUCCCACGCGUUUUUUUUUUUUUUGCACGAUUCACCCACAAUUUCAUUCGAUUUGCUGUAUCACGUGGCCUUGUGCACCUGCUGUUUACAGUCCACGGUUUAUGGCAGAGAUGCUGUUGAGUAGAUGUGCUCGGCUUCACUUUCUGGCAGACGUGCCUGUCUUCUUACUUCCGUUAGAUGCACAUCGUUCGUCUGGGACAGGUGUGAAUUGCAGCUUCGUCAUGUGCAAUGCACCCAGCUUAGAGGAAACACCGAUUGAUAAAGGAGCAUUAGCUCGUGAUAGAGCUAAUGCAUUAUGGAACUAAUGCUCAUGGCUUUGUCACAGCCCUUCAAUUCAAAACUCGCAUUAUUGCAGGUAUUAAAAGCAUUGUCUUGUCAGUAGUCCCAGAUAAUCGUGUGUAAUUCAGUAAGGAUACAAACAAGUGCGUCUGUGAGAAAAGGAAAGUGAGUGCACAUAACACAGCAAUUCACAUCUUAUUUGUGGACGGUUUUGUGUUAGUGAAUACAUGUCUAGUGUCCACAAAGCCCUUGCACAUCAGUGGAGUUUCGUGCAAUUUAUUGCGUAAUGAAAGCGUGUGCAUCUGCUCUCUUUCGACUUAUAAUUGAGUCGCAGAUUUUCUGUGCUGUAGUACACUUCAAGUGUGUUGAUUGAAAAAUUUUCAUGGUAGUGAAUGAGUAAGCAUUGGUAAACUAGUGAAGUUGUGUAAUGCAGUGCUAGACCUUGGGAGGUCUUUUAUUGUAUGCUAGCAUGCACGGCUGAUUAAAACUCACGUUAGUUGCAUUUGGUAUAGUACUUUUGUUAAGGCAUCAGUUUCUGGGAACUUUUAUUUGAUGUUUGCAUUCAGAAAUGUUGCAAUAGGUGGUGAAUAAAGUAAGCAUGAAUAAGAAUGAAGAAAAGAAUUAAAAUAGAAAAAGCAGCCAAGUAACGCUACAGUAGCUGGCGCAUUCUCUCAUAGUUCAGAGCGUUCGUAUUUACUUUUAAAAUGACUAUUCCUCAGUAGCACUCCGCAUCCUUGUGCGAACCUGUGACGAGAAUAUGACAGUUACUGUGAUCAUAAAGCUCACUUGCAGAAAUGCUACAUUCGGGACCACUCUACAUUUGUGUCCACAGGAGCCGGUGCGAAUACUUCCUAAGAGUGGCCCUCUCUCUAUUGAAAAAAACAUUGUAACCACGCCUCAAAUUGCAUCAAGACAAGUGAAAAAAUCACUGAUGGGAAGUGUAAACACACUGCUGCUUGACGUUUAGGCUAUAGAAAUUGCGCAUGCAGCUGACCGUGAGGCAUGGUAAAAUGCACUAGAGCUUUAUAUGGCAGACAUUGCAAUUCAGUCAUGUGGUGGAGCGUAGAAACCUCAACACUUAUUUUUUCUAGCUAGCUUAAGUUACCUUCUGUCCCAGACUCCACUGUUACAGCUGAGUGGAAGGCGUGCCAGAAUAUUUAUGUUUGGUAAUUGCAUAUAUAUAUAUAUAUAUAUAUAUAUAUAUAUAUAUAAAACUGUCAGCCCCAACUACAGCUUCAUGACGGUAGUGUAGAAAUGUAAUUCGUUUGGGGCUUACAUGCUUUACAAACUCUUACUUCCUACAGGGAACAUUAUGGAAAAAAAAAAAAAGAAGCUUGUGGCUACGGUGUGUAAGCUUGCGCAGACUAUAAUGGGAUUUUGUAAGUGUGCGGCCUUGUAUACAGAUGUGCAAGUGUGUUUGUGUAUGUAGUGGGUACAAUGAAAACAUUUGUAUUUCGUGGCUGUAAAACAUUUUGACAAUAUUUGUGGUGGUUAUAGCUUAUAAGUUUGUAGAUAGUAUUUGUAAAAGAAAUUCUUGGUGUGUGGGCGCAGGCCUUCUUAUGUGACUGUCUCGUCAUGUUUGAAUAUUUUUUUCCGCAUUCCCUUCCAUUCCCGGCAAGUACUGGUACGCUUUCUUUGUCACAUACUGUUUAUCAUUUAGCUUACAUCUGGCACUCCUUUGCCACGUUCAGCCAAUGUUUUCAUCUAAGACAAAGGCAUUGAUGGUUGCAGUUGGGUAGGGAUAAAAAGCAAUACUAACAUGUGUGCUUUGUGACUUUAAUAGACAUUAAACAGGAUUUCCAAAGCA